UGCCGGAAUUUCCGGUUAGAAGAACCGGAAGUAAGUACGUGGCUGCUCCAGCUGACAUUCUGCAUGAUGGCGACUGAGGUUCGGAGCGGCGACCUCAACAGCGGUAAUUCCAGCCGACUCGAAGUGUCCAUAGACGGCCUCACCCUUAGCCCAGAUCCCGAGGGCGAUCAGGAACAUGUCAAGCCACUGGACUCCUCGCUGGAAGGACGGACGAACGGAAAUCACGGAGCCGGCGAUGGGGAGGAGGAGGAGGAGGAGGAGGAGGUGGAGGGUGAAAAUGCUAGAAGCUCUAUCGAGAGGAAAUGGGGCUUCUCUUUAGACGAGCUGUAUGGAUUGGCGCUGACAUUUUUCAAAGAGAAGGACGGGAAGGCGUUCCACCCGACCUACGAGGAGAAGCUCCGUCUGGUGGCGCUGCACAAGCAGGUGCUGCAGGGGCCCUACAACCCCGACGCCUCCCCUGAGGUGGGCUUCUUUGAUGUGCUGGGCAACGACCGCAGGAGGGAGUGGGCGCUGCUGGGGAACAUGGAGAAGGAGGAGGCCAUGGUGGAGUUCGUCAAGCUGCUCAACAAGUGCUGCCAUCUCUUCGCCCCCUUCGUCACCUCACACAGGAUCGAGAGGGAGGAGCAGGAGAGAAAGAGGAGGGAGGAGGAGGAGCGUCUGCGUCGUGAGGAGGAGGAGCGAGAGCGUGCUCGUGAGGAGGAGGAGCGGAGGAGGCGCGAUGAGGAGGAGCGUCUGCGUCGGGAGGAGGAGGAGAGGAGGCAGGCUGAGGACGAGCGACUCCGCGUGGAGCAGCAGAAGCAGCAGAUCAUGGCUGCUCUGAAUGCCCAGACGUCGGUCCAGUUCCAGCAGUACGCGGCGCAGCAGUACCCCGACAGCCCUGACCAGCAGCUGGUCCUGAUCCGCCAACUCCAGGAGCAGCACUACCAGCAGUACAUGCAGCAGCUCUACCAGGUCCAGCUAGCCCAGCAACAGGCUGCACUCCAGAAGCAACAGCAGCAGCUGCAGGAGGAGGCGGUGGUGGCGUCGGUGUUGGAGACCAGCGAGACGUCUGUGUGCUCUUCAGCGCCCCCUGUGGCUGAGGAGGCCCCCACGCUCAACGGCCAGGCAGAGUCCACCUGCGACAGCCUGGACAAGGAGCCCGACCUGGAGCCUGCCGAGGAGAUCACCGAGAACGGACCCACAGGUGUGUGUGUGUGUGUGUGGCUGAGGAGAUCACCGAGAACGGCGGUGUGUAUAUGUGUGUGUGUGUUCCCAUUCUGUGCUCUCUGUGUGUGUGUGUGUGUUCUGUGCUCUCUGUGUGUGUGUGUGUGUGUCUCAGGUGAGCCCCAGAGUGAGGAGGAGAAGGCUCGUAAGGAGGCGGGCAGGCCGCAGGUGGACGAGAUCGUGCCGGUGUACCGACGGGACUGCCAUGAGGAGGUGUACGCGGGCAGCCACCAGUACCCCGGACGCGGCAUCUACCUGCUCAAGUUCGACAACUCCUACUCCCUGUGGAGGGCCAAGAGCGUCUACUACAGAGUCUACUACACCAGAUAAACCCCCACACCACAGACUAUGGGCAGGGGGGGGGGGGGGGGGUUAUUGUGUGUGUGUGUGCGCGUGUGUCUGUGUGUGUGUGUGUGUGUGCGCGUGUGUCUGUGUGUGUGGUGCGCGUGUUGUGUGUGGAGAGGGGUGUGAUCAGAAGUGAAAUGACUGACUGCAACACCAGGGGGAGACAAAGAGAACCUUCAUGGCCUGAACAAGAGGAAGAUUUGUGUGUGUUUGAGUUCAUCUCUGUCCAAAUGUGUGUGUGUGUCACCUCUUCGUUUGCACUCUGAAGAAAAGGCAGCGCUCUAGAAUCCUCUUGGCUCAUAGAAAUGACCCACCCCACCCCCUCCUCUUUGACCAAUAGGAGAAGAGCGAUGAACAGGAGCUGGUGACAUCACUGGAGAGCGCUGGGGGGUGUGUGUGUGUGAGUGUGUGUGUGUGUGUGUGAGAGAGAGCCGUGGAGCAAUGCAUCCUCACGUCUCAAAGUGCUGAGAGAAAACCAACCAACAAACACUCUUAACACUAACUUGCCUUUCUUUAACAAGACCUCAGUCUCCGCCCUCUCACCCCAAAGAGCCUAUGAGAAGCGUACACAGAGGUGAUUGACUGUUGCACUGUCCAAUGAGGGGUGAGCGAGGAGGACUGGAGCAGGCGUGAACCUGAGGGAGUCCUUGGAAAGCGGCGUGGCUUACGAGAGAGCGAUAUGAUAUACGCGCAGAAAAGAGUUUUUACAAGCAAAUAUUUAUGAGUGUCUCGUAGGCUGCGGCCAUGUCUGUCUGUGUGUGUGUGUGUGUGUGUGUGGCGUGUGUGAAAUCCAUGCCAUUCAGUGUAUGUCAUCUCUCAAAAAGACAGUGCUCGAUUUCUGUUAGGUUUUGUUAAUUUGUUUAUCUGUGGCUGUUGAUUUUAUUUUGUGUGGGGCAGGCUGGGUUGUGGUGUGGCAGGGCUGGGUUGUGUGUGGCAGGCUGGGUUGUGUGUGUGGCCUGUGCAAAGCUACUGCAAGAUGUAUAAGUUUCCCAGCAUUUCUAACUCCUAACACCCCAUAGCCUGCCCCCCCCCCCCCCCUUUACUCUCCCUCUCUCUCUUACUCUCACACUCUUACUCUCUUCCUCUCUCUCUUUCUCCCUCUCUCUCUUUCUCUCUUACUCUCACACUCUCCCUCUCUCUCUCUCUUACUCUCACACUCUCUCUCUCUCUCUCUCUCUCUCUCUCUCUCACACUCUCUCUCUCUCUCUCUCAUCGUUACUGACUCCUCAUCCCUCUAUACUGCAUGUUGGCAGGGUUGGGAGCCCAAGAGCCUGUGUGUGUGUGUGUGUGUGUGUGUGUGUGUUUCAGUAUGGAACCUAGAAUAUGUGUUGCUGUCCAUCACACACACUCAUGUGUCCAUUAAGUGUGUGUUUAUUUAUUUGUGUGGUAUUGUGGCGCUCGGCCCUUCUGUCCUUUGGCCACACUGCUGUGGUCUCCUGUAGUUACUGAGAAACUGAGUUGGCCCACUCAGUACGUCCCCUGAGUCACUGGUUACUGAAGAUGGGCCCCCACACACACACACACACACACACACACAAUCCCCUCCCCAAACACGGCAGCAGUCAAACAAAAGGUCAACCACCUGAGGACACGUGUCCCUCCGAGGCAGUGUUUCAGAAAAACAGCUUAUUUGGUGUGUGUGUGUCCACUGUCUUGGCUUUGGCUUAUGAAAGCCGCUGUUAUCCACACACACACACCAUCCUGCCACUUUCUGUAUAUAAGAGACUUCUGAAACAUUGGAAUCGAAUUAGAGCAGGGCCAGUUAUAAAGGCUAAAUGAAGUGAGUGUGUGUGUGUGUGUGUGUGUUAACAGGAGCAGAGGCAGUGAUUGGGGGGUGGGGUUCACAGGAACAUAUGUUAAGUUGUACACAACAGUACUACUCCAGGGUUAUGGUGUUGAUUUGCAAGCCUGGACAUGAAGAUGUUUUUUGUAUUUGAUUCCUUUCACCUGUAUUGUAUAAUAAUGAGGAUGACUCUCUCUAUUUGAGCAUAUAUUUAAUCUUGAUUAAACUUAUGUUCACAUGUAA